AUGGCUUUUGGUGCCACGGGAACUGGAACCACCGAUGACUCUAACGCAUUUAUAAAUACAUGGAAAGCGGCUUGUGGAGCAGUGAGCAGUAGUCCCGUUAUCCUUAUUCCUCAAGGAAAGACAUUCUUGUUGAAACCAAUAUGGUUCCAAGGUCCUUGCAAAUCGCCUAUCCAAGUUCAGGUGAAGGGAAAAUUAUUGGCACUUCCCAACCUAGGAAGUUGGAAAGGGCUGGAUAUCCACGAGUGGCUAGCAUUUUCACAAGUACAAGGAUUGAUUAUAGAUGGACAGGGCCAGGGCCAAAUCGACGGCCAAGGAUAUAAUUGGUGGAAGGCUUGCUCUAAUGCACUUAGAAUUUCGAACUGUGUUAAUGUUCGAUUAAGUGGGCUGAAGCACUUCAACAGUCAGAGAAAUCACAUAUCGAUCGACGGAUGUAACGAUGUGAUUGUUUCUGGGCUCCAUAUUUUCGCUCCUGAACAAAGUCCCAACACGGACGGUAUUGACAUAGCAGGCUCGACGAAUAUUCAAGUUAUGAACAGCGUCAUUCAAACUGGUGAUGAUUGUAUUGCAAUCAACACACUAUGCUCCAAUAUUAAUAUUACUGGAGUGACUUGUGGACCUGGUCAUGGCAUAAGUGUUGGAAGCUUGGGGAUGAAUGGAGAAGUCGCUAAAGUGGAGGGAAUCUAUGUGCAAAAUUGUACCUUUACUGGAUCAACAAAUGGAGCUCGUAUUAAGACUUGGCAGGGAGGAGCUGGAUAUGCAAGACACAUAAUUUUCGACGACAUCACAUUGAUCAACACGGAUAACCCUAUCAUUAUUGACCAAUAUUAUUGUCCUAACUGUGUAAACCAGACAUCAGCAGUACAGAUAUCAGAUGUUUCAUAUUCGAGGAUACGUGGCACAUCAGCUACUCCUACUGCUAUAAGUUUGAUGUGCUCUCAAACACAGGGUUGUACUGAUAUCAGAUUAAUGCACAUCAAGAUAACAUCGGCUCAUUCAUCGGAACCGACAUCCUCAAAAUGUAUCAAUGCUCAUGGAAAGUACACAGACUCCAUACCUAAAGUGGACUGCUUGUUGCCCUAG